AUGGAUGUUGUUAGGCAAAGUGAGCCUCUACUGAUUAAAGCUGUGAACGAGCUCUGUGAUGGGGAGCCGUCUGAGGAGACGGUGCAGUUUCUGUGAAGCCUUGACAGGUCUCUAGAUGCCCCCGCACAGGAUGUUAUGAAACUGUUUGGCACAGAUUUUGAUGCAAGCAUGAUCAAUCAGGACACAUUGGAGGAGAUGCCUGGGGCAACAUUCCAUUACAAAGCAACGGAUGAAGGUGAAGUCAGAAUGUUGUGUGAUUGCACUGCUCCAAAGCACUUGGUUUUGAAAGAGGGUGCCAAGGUUAUUCUUAUAAAGAAUAUUGCAGAUGGACUCUAUGAUGGUAUGAAAGGAGUUGUUCACAAACUUCAACAUGACGAACCCCCAAUCAUCAAUUUUAAUGGAAAACUAUUUGAAAUACCCAAAGUAAAGUUUGAUGUUAUUGACCCACAGCAAACGGCAGACAUUAACCUCUAG